GCAUUGCAGGCUGCAGCAGCUGCUGGUGUUGGCCUUGGACAACGGCAAAUGACCGCCGGCGCUAGUUCAACCGAAAAUAGUGCGCAUUAUCAGCAUCAGUUGCAGCAACGUCAUCAGCAGGCCUAUCACCAGUUGCAGCUACAACAACAACAGCAUUACUUUGCUGCUCAACGCCAACAACAACAACAGCAACAGCAGCAACCCUCCACAGAAGCAGCUCUUACUACAAGCAGCAAUAACUAA